AAUUGGGAGUAAAUGGCAAAGAAGACUAUAUUAAUCUUGUAUCAACCGAAAAAUGGCCUACCAGUAUAAUGAAUAUACCAAUAACAAUCGAAAAACCGAAGUUUAUUCCGGAUUGUUUUGCAUUAGUCAUCAGAUAUAUACCUCGCGGUAUGGAUUUUGAAUUUGUAAAAGAAGAAAUAUCACGAUCCAUCGCAUCAGUUGUAAAUCUAAAGAGGAUUCAAUAUUCAUACAAUCGAAAAACCGAUGACUAUCGCUUUCACGUUAAAGAUUUACAAGAGUAUAAUCGAGCGCUCAACAUGAGACGUAUCUCAAUUGGAAAUGUUAUAGUACCAAUAACACAAUUUUUAGAAGGUAAUAAAUUAACAUAUUGUACUCGCUGUUGGCGUUUAGGGCAUAUAAGAAAUAAAUGUUCAGCUCCAACGGCUCGCUGCCGAAUAUGUCUACAAGAAAUUACUGAUAUUCAAAGACAUAACUGCUCUCAACAGCCAAAAUGUGCUCAAUGUGAUGGUAAUCACCAUUCACUUAGUAGUCAAUGUGAAUCCAUAAAAGCAUACAAAAUGCAACUAAAAGAAGAAGUCGAUAACGCACUCGCUCGUGGUGUAAUACAUAGAUCAGAACCAAAUAAGCAAGUACCAAUUUUCGAUUCCGACGACUUCCCAUCUCUAUCAAAUUUUAAUCGAAACAAAGUAGCAGCUUGGGGAUCAAAGCAAGUACCAACGCAUCAACCAACAACUGAAUGCACAGAAAUAGCAGGUGUUCUUACAGCAUUAAAUAAACAGUUGUUAAUUAUGACUGAAACAAAUACAUAA